AUGGCACACACAGCCGACUCCGAUGGCGAAGAUGCCGCUCUUGGAAUCUUCGAUGCACCAGAGGGCUUCUAUGAGCCAGAAAAGCAGUCUACCACUGUCAAUCACACCACACUGGCAGGCCAGGAGCUGACGCUUCGUCUUGUCGGACAUAGUCCGUUAUGGGGCCACUACAUCUGGCAAGCCGCCCUAACCAUCUCAACCUACCUCGAGACCCACGCCUCCACGCUCCUCCACAACAAGACCGUUCUCGAACUAGGCGCCGCAGCCGGCCUACCCAGCAUCAUCGCCGCUCUCAACGGAGCAAAAUGCGUCGUCGCGACCGACUACCCGGACCAAGACCUCGUGGACAUCCUACGGCACAACCUCGUCUCCAACUGUGCUAGCCAGGAUAGAGUCCGGGUUGACGGCUAUCUCUGGGGCGCCGACAUCUCGCGCCUCCUCUCGUACCUCCCGGACAAGAGCAAUAGUACGGCUGCGGAGCAUGGAUUCGACGUCCUAAUCCUAGCAGAUCUCCUCUUCAACCACUCCGAGCACCAGAAACUCCUCUCCACUAUCCUGCAGACCCUCCGCAAACCCUCUUCCAACUCUACAAGCGGCACAGCCCUCGUCUUCUUCUCCCCCUACCGCCCACACCUGCUAGAAGCAGAUAUGGCGUUCUUCCCGCUCGCCGAAGCGGGCGGGUUGAAAGUGGAGAAACUGCUCGAGACGAAGAUGGAAAAGGUGAUGUUUCCGGAAGACAGAGGGGAUGAGGAGGUGCGGAGGACGGUAUUUGGGUUUGCUCUUACGUGGGCCGAGUGA